UUGCUGGCUUCAUGCAUGAGAGACUCAUUUCUGUUCCCCAAAGCGGUCAGCUGGGGAAUAUGAGGCUUCCAAGUCCCUCAGCACCCUCAUCCCCCUCUCUCUUCUCCACCUUUCUGAAUCUGAAGAAGCGCUUGGCGGUUACGUCAGACUCCGGAGCGAAAAGUGCAGGGCAAGCAAAUAACGCGGCUGAGGAGCCGCUCGCAGACUCUGCUCCCAAAAGCACAGACUGCUCACUCCUCUGUGAUCAGUCCUGUCACUAAUACUACUGCUAAGAGCAGUAUAAUAUAAAUCAGGGCUUCUCUCUCUCUCUCUCUCUCUACUUAGGUGCGCUGUGGAAACUGAUUUUCCAUGGUGUGACUAAUACGCAACCAGGGACAUUAUCCAGAACAUAUUGAGACCGCACGCUUUUUCUGUGAUCCUUGAAAUGACACGAUGAGGCGUGCGAGGAUUUCUCCACGACUCCACGAUUGAUUAGAUUUCUUUCUCCGCCCGAGAACGACCGACAUGCCGCACGCGCGAACCAGGAACCCGAGCCCCAUCCCGGAGGUAACGUGGGACACAGGGCACAAGGAGAUGAACGAGACGUGGAAGGGGGCAGUGGCGUGUCUCGGCGUGGCCGUGUUCUUCGUGAUGACUAUUGGCAUCAUUUACUGGCAAGUGGUAGACCAGCCCAACAAGAACUGGAUCCUGAAGGGUAGCUUCAGCGGGCUGGUCUGGGAGCACAGAGCGCAUUCGCUUGUGGUGCAGACGCUCACUGAGGACAAGACGUUCGUGCAGAUCGACCUGGGACACGCGGGCGGCGCUGAGGCUGAUGCACCGUUCGUGCGCAACCUUUGUUGGCUUAACAAGACCGAGUUCUGCUACACGUGGGACUCGGUGGCCGACGUGAGGAUUUCUCUGCAGGUCGGCGAAGAGGCCGGGACAGAGUGCUACACCGUGACCUGGACCCCGGUGCACUGCCAUGUGGAGCUCAAGGACUGCUUCUCUAUGGAUAAUGUAUCAUGGUACGGUGGAGCCAGUGUCCAAGCACUGCGGUGGCCAAUAAAUGAUGUGGAUAUUUCAAUGCAGCCUUUCACUGUCAGUGACCUGAGGGACAACCCCUCUGGCUUUGGUUCAGUCCUAGAGCGCUACUUCCUGGGCUCGACAGGUGUAGCAGUACUGGUGGCCCCACACAUCCCGCUGCAUGUAGGGGUAGAAAGCAGGCAUCAGUUCUGUCUUCAGACAACACCCAGUAUGGCACGACUGCCCCUGCAGUACACUGUCUGUGUGGGAGAGAACGUCAAAGCCGUUUACCAAGAGUCAAUACAGCAGCUCUCCAUGCCCUAUCGAGAAAUUCCCAGCAUGAAUGUCUUACAACUGCCUUUCUGGAAACUUCCAGCAAGUGUGGAUUCAGGGGCGAAGAUAGAAAGGGAGUUGAGAACCUUCUCUAACCGGCUGAAGAGGCACCACCUAGGGGAAGGGGUCAUCAGCCUGGAUGAACAUUCCACAUCUCUCCUCUCCAACAUGGACCAUGAAUACCACAAUGGCAGGAGAAGGACAUCUAAGAGACAGAGCAGAGACCUCCCUUUUGUGAAGCUUCUGAACAUUUCUGUAACCCUGUCCCCAUAUUUAAGCCUGGACUCACGGCAGUUUCAGACCUCCAUACAAGACAGAAUGCAGGAUUACUGGCUUGGCUUGCCCACCGGCCCACAGGCUCACUUGGUUCCAUUAUUAACUCAAUGGAAAGGAAAAUACUGUGUCAAGUUGAACAUCACAAAUCCAGAAGCCACCAGCUGGUUCUUGGAGAGAGUGAGCAGCCUGCACAGUCGCUUGGGCAUGGAGUAUGUGAUGCUAGAGGGUGGGGAGGGAAACCCAGUUGAACAGAAGUCUAUGUGGCAUUCUUCUGUCCUCACAGGAGAUGAAUACAUCAGGCUCCUGGCAGACCUCGCUGAGAGUAUAGGGGGGAAUACUAUUGUUAGCGCAGGGACAAGGUCCAGCCAUAAGCCUUUGUUCAUCCGUAUGAGUGCACUGCAGUCAGACUGGAGCUAUGCUGGCCUUAAGGGUAUCAUUCCAUCCCUGUUGCAUUACAGCCUGCUGGGCUAUAAUUUCUUCAUUCCUGAUGCAGUAGGAGGCUCUUUAUCCAUUGAGCUGGUCACAGAUGAUGAACUCUUCAUUCGCUGGCUGGAGAUUGUGGCCUUUCUUCCUGUGCUCAGUUUUCAGACACCUCCAUGGGCAUCUGGAGUAGACAAGGUCCUUAACCUAACCAGAAUCUACAUCACUAUGCGUCAGGAGUUUGUAGUGCCUCUGAUAGUGAAAUAUGCCCAGGAGUGGCAAGUCACUGGAAACCCCAUCUACCGCCCACUGUGGUGGAUCAGUCCAAAUGAUCCAGUCACAUUCACUAUUGAUGAUGAAUAUCUGAUUGGAGAUGAGGUACUUGUUGCUCCAGUGACAGAAAAAGGAGCUUUGCAGAGAGACAUUUAUCUGCCAGGGAGCAACUUUCAAUGGCAAGACACCAACAAUGCUAAAGUGUUUGAUGGCGGGACGCUCCUACAAAGUUACCAAGUGGGGCUUGAGGAGGUGCCUGUAUUCAUCCGAAAGACCUCCUGAGGCCAACUGUCUGACUAUCACAAGGCCGAUUUUCUAUUUUUUACUUUUUAUUUUUCAGUUGUGCUGAUCUUGAGUUGCACUUUCCACAAAGACCAUUUUCUGUGUUCUAAGGCACAGUCUUGAGAUUAUGUACAAGAUCAUUUUUUUAUUUGCACUUUACAAAUGAAAGUUAUUUAUAUCAUCUAGAAAAUAUUGAAAUCAUGUGGUUUCAUUUAUCUGCUAGAUUUAUUUGUGCUAAUCCAAUGUUUUCUAAAUUAAUUUUUUUUUUUUUUGAAGAACUGUGGUUUACAUUUGAUAAAUACUCACAGCCUUAAAAGUUGAUCUUCUUCCAUCGGCCAUAACGUGGAGUGGAGCAUCAAGUGCUUAAUUCACUUAAAAUAAUCUUUUGAGAAAAAAAAGACCAAACAAUCAGUGAAAAGAUACUUCUUGCUGAGGAAUAAACUGUAAGGAAGGAACCUCACACUGACACCAGAGUGGACACGUCGUCGAAAGUCUCUUAAUUUCACGGAGCAGGCUUUUCACUCAAACAUUGCUGGAUAUUUUGCUAUUCUACCUGUACCUCAAGUUUAUUGUUAUAUUUGUUAAAUGUGAAGAAAAAAACAAAAAAACAAUUCAACCAGCAUAACACAGAGGUUGAUGCACAACUAUCUGCAGAACAAGUGCAAUGAUCUGACCCACUGUGAGCAAAGUGCUCAUGGUGCACAAAGACAUGGUGAUCACCUUCUAUGCAAGGAAAUGGUCCACCAUUAUUAUAUUUACAGCUGCAAGUCUUAUCAGAGAGUACUGGUGAAAUCCCAUCAUUCUCGAUGUUUCUCAUAUGCAUUUUAUUUCAGCAUUUUACUGUUCAUUAGCUUUUCCAUAUUAGUACACAUGUCCAAUCAAUUUAUUUUUUUAUUCAUUCAAAGUGAUUUGUAGCACUUUCAGUAUGAAAUUAGUGGACUAUUUAGAGAAUAUAACUCUAAUAGAAAUAGAAUCCAUAUUAUUUCUUAAAUUACAAAACUGACAGUUAUUACAGAAGCUGUCUUGUCCUUACAUAGAUAUCUAUAUUCAUUAAAACACAAAUCACAAAAAAAGAUCAUGAAUCAGUUGAUGAACUUAAUAUAAUGGAACUGUAAGAUUUGAGACAUUUACUAACCUGGGGAACACAAGAAUCCGUAUAGUGCGAAAAGACAGUGCGUUAAGGGUGCUGUGUCUCCUCAAUACUCACAAAUCAGCACAAGUGAGUCAUCAGCACAUGAAUUUAUGAGUUUAUGAAACAUGAAUCACUGUCAAAUGAUGUUCCAGUACAGAGAGAACUUGAUCAGCAUGGCAUAUAGCCUUCUGCACACUUAAUUAGUCCUGAUAGAGUAGCCAAUGUUUACUGUAACUGCAGGGCUCUCGGGUCAGAGAUAUCAAAUGCAAUCAAAGAAUGUCUUAUUGACGCCCUGUGUUGAAAUGUCUUAAUCUUUCUUUUUUUUUCUUAUAUAAACACAUAUUUUUCCAAUAAAACCAACUGUGAUGCUUAUUUUUUAAAUUAAACCUAUAUUCAAGGAACACACGCAUUUACAUAGUAAGUUUAUAGAAAGUUUCGCUAAUGUCUGUCUAAAAUCUUUAGUUUAUUUCAUGUCUGUGCUAAAUACGUUUUGACUCAUACUGAGCCCAACUGAGGGCCAGAAGUGCCUCAAACAAAACAAAUCAGCAAUGCCAACCUGACUAUGCUAUGCAAUUAUUAUUAUUAUUAUUAUUAUUAUUAUUAUUAUUGAUCUGUGAAUUAGAAAACCAGAAAUGUCAAUAUACAAUAAAGUUUACAUUUUCAUGCUAUAGAAAUA